AGCGGGGACGCAGCGACGUCGGCGCCGCCGGAUCGCGUGAUCGCGCUGCCGCCCGCCCGCAGCCGCCACAGUCAUGCAGUCCCCGGCGGUGCUCGUCACCUCCAGGCAAGUUCAGAAUGUCCACACGGGCCUUGACCUGACCGUGCCCCAGCACCAGGAGGUGCGGGGCAAGAUGAUGUCCGGCCAUGUGGAGUACCAGAUCUUGGUGGUGACUCGGCUGGCUGCAUUCAAAUCAGCCAAGCACAGGCCUGAGGAUGUUGUCCAGUUCUUGGUCUCCAAAAAGUACAGCGAGAUCGAGGAGUUUUACCAGAAACUGAGCAGUUGUUAUCCAGCGGCUAACCUGCCACCACUGCCCAGAAAGGUGCUCUUUGUUGGGGAAUCUGACAUCCGGGAAAGGACAGCCAUGUUCAAUGACAUUCUGCGCUGCGUCUCGAAGGAUGCCCAGCUGGCAGGCAGCCCAGAGCUGCUAGAGUUCUUAGGCACCAGAUCCCCAGGGACUGGAGGUCUCACCAACAGAGAUUCCUCUGUUCUAGAUGACACAGCCAGUCAGCCAGGGGACGAUGAGGAAGCUUUUGAUUUCUUCAAGCAGCAGGACCUAGUGGCAGGUGAGGGCCCACCCAUCCUGGCCCAUAAGGAUGCAGAAAAGUCCUUGGAAGAGGAGGAGGAAGAGGAGGAGGCAUUGGAUCCAUUGGGCAUUAUGCGCUCCAAGAAGUCCAAGAAAGGCCCCCAGGUGACGGUGAAGCCCAAGCCCUCACCCCGGCUCACCAUCUUUGACGAGGAGGUGGACCCUGAUGAGGAACUCUUUGGCCCAAGCAGGAAACUGUCCCCUCGGAGCCUCUUGAAGAACACACCCCAGGACUCCCUGAAGCUGUUUGAUGACCCUGACCUUGGUGGGGCCGUCCCCCUGGGUGACCCCUUACUGCUGCCAGCCGCCUGUGAAAAUGGAGGGCCCACAUCAGGCCGGGGCCUCAGAUCUGCAUCUGAAGAGCUGUUCAGAGUUGAAGAGGACUUGGACCAGAUUCUGAAGCUGGGGGCUGAGCCCAAACCCAAGCCCCAGCUUAAGCCCAAGCCACCAGUGGCAGCAAAACCGGCACUGCCCAGCAAGCCGCCUGUGCCCCCCAGAGCAGGUGCAACUGAGAGCAUGGCGGGGCGGCGGCAGCAGGUCCAAGCCAUGGACGAGAUGGACAUCUUGCAGUACAUUCGGGACCAUGACACACCUUCCCAGACCUCUCCCAGCCUCUUCUGACCCCACUCCAUGCUGCCUGGCCCUGCACACCCUCUGUGGAGGCGUAUGUGUGUGCAGCCAGGACAUCCUUGGGACAGGUGCAAGCCUGGGCCCCAGGAGCACAUAAUUCUUUUUUCUCCUGGGCUGUGGGCUUGAGGUGGAAUCCCUGCAGAAUACAGGCUGGAAGUGACCAUGGGAAUUGAAGCCCACAGUGUCCGUCUAGCUGGGUGUGGAGGGGAGACUAAACAUGGAGCUGCUUGGCUCACCAAGGACAAGGUGAGAGGUGAGGGGACCCCGGGAGGUGUUCCAUGGGACAGGGAAACCUCCUACCCACCUGUGCCCACUGGCUCUGCCAGCCCAGCCUCAAAAGGAAGACCUGGCCUGACUGGGCCCAGGCUGAGAUGAGGGAGCACCCAUGCCAGGCCACCCAAGAGUCUCUGCUUAGCAUGCCAGGGCCUGGAGAGGCACACUGAGCAGAAGAGCCCUGCUGUCCAGAGUGCCCUGAUGAGUCUCUCAUGAGCCUCAUAGUUACCAGCCCUAAGGGGAGCAGCUGGGCCCAGCCUGCUUCUCUGGGAUAUAGAAGACUGCUGGAUCCCAAGUUUUCCUUCUACUUCCUUUCCCAGGAAGGGUCUAGCCAGCAGUGACCUCCUUGGGCCUCUGGGCACAGAGCCAGCACCCCCUAGACCUCUGCAUGAUCUUGGGACUUGAGUUGGCUUUCUUCCCAGUGCCGUCUCCUGCUCUCCAAGGAACAUGAUGCUCUCAGGCUUCUGCUCCAAGGCCUUGCCUAUCCUCAGGAUCUGGACUUGUUCAGUGGCCUUUCGCCAGUAGAAUCACCAACCUAGGGAGGAGCCUUGUUCCAGGGCAGGCCAGUGCCUCAGAGUUCUCCCAGCCCCGCAGAACCCACAGUGGGGCACACAGUGCUGGCUAAGAUGCAGCACCCAGGAGACUCAGCGAAUGUUGCUUCAUGGAGCAAAUAAUAUUAGAUUGUCUUUCUUGGAUGUAUAUUCUCCAUAUUCAGAGCUAGUUUUUAAUGAAACAAAAUAGUUUUUAACAAAAUGCAACCACUGUUGUUUCUUGGUGCUGUCCUGCCUGGCAGAGGCAUUGGAAGGGGUCAGGACCUAGGCCUGUGACCCUUUCCUGAUCAGGCCCAAGAGCCAGCCCAGGGGAGGCCCCAGGUGACGUGGGCCAGUUGUUUGCCACUGUGUGACCAGUAUCCACAGCUCCUGCCCUGUGCAGGAACCGCAGGGCUGGGUUGGGAGCCCUGGGCCUGGUCUGUCAUCUGUCUUACCACAGCCCUCAUCAGCUGCCUGCCCUUGAGCAGGUCAACACCCAGUGAGAAGAUGUAGGUGGUACUGGGCAGAGUUCUGCCUUGCCUGGUCAGAGGGGCUUCUCUCCUCAGGGACUGGGAGCUGGCUGUAGAACAGCUUCCACCCUGACUCAUCUUUCCCUUUCUCCAUCUGGCAUUCAAACCCUCCACCCUUCACCUGUUCGUGCCCAGCCCUGCACCCCACAGUCUCUGCUGGCUGUGAAGGAAGGCCUCUGAGGACCUGAGACCAUGUAGCCAGGUCUUCCUCUGAGAGUCUGCCCAGUCAGUACUGGCCCCAGCCCUCCUUUGGGCUCUUCGCAACCCCUGCCCUCUCCUCUGCAUCCUGGCUAUCAACUCCUUAUCCUUCCCCACCUCCCCGCCCCCCUUUUCUGGGUGACUGGUAAUGUAGGAGCAGAGGAUGUAGCUGGCAAAGUGGCCAUUGGACCAGUCCCCUGGCUUGGGCCUCUGACAGAAUCUGGCCAGACACUUUAGUGUGGGUUUGCCCACUGCACGCCCUGCCUCCUCGGUGGCCUGGAAUUUUCUAGAUGCUUCUACAGAGGUCUGUGUCCCUGAGACAUGGCUGUUCCAGCUGUGGCUUGUUCUCACCAUACAUCUAAGACCUAAAGCCAGUGGGUGACACCCAGUCAUCCAGUAAAGUCUGUGUGCGUGCCUCAUUCUGGAAUGUGCCAGUGAUGUCCUUUUCCAUCCCUGGACUGAUGGGAGGUGGUGGGGGGUGUCAGGGUGCAGGAGAUGCAUGUAGGGGGUUACUCAUAGCAAGAGACAACCAGACGAGCUUCCCUCGUGGGACCCCACAUCUUCUGUUGCUCUGCCUCAUCCUCCCAGCUGCCUCUUACUAAGGUAGGGCAAAAGGAAGAGGAAGAUUCUGUUCUUUUCCAUUGUGUAAACUGAGGCAAAGGACCCAGAGGCGCAAGCCCAGUGAGGACAUUAGGCCAGUAACUGAUCAUCCAAGACCUGUGUGGAAAGGGGAGCCCUUCCUUCUCCAGGCCUCACCUCCCACCCCCACACUGCAGAGCUCUAAGCUGGGACCAUCUAAUGUCACACAGCCCUCCUGGCCUCUGCUCUCCUGCUAGAGCUCCGGUUCUAGGCUGCUGCUUCAUCCCUGAGACCCAGAGGUUCAACAGCAGAUGCUGCAGGGUGACACCCACUGGAUACCUGAGAACAGGUUCCCGGGGAGCCAGGGACUCCACACACAGGACAGUCUGUGGGCUGAUAUCGCUGCCUCCCUCCCCCAUACCUUGAGCUUGGCUCUUGCAGCCGAGAUUGAGUUGGGAGUCUGGGUUCCCACAGACCAUCAGGCCAUUCUGAGGAGGACGGCUCAGCCCCAGAGCGUGCAGCUGAAUUCACCGUGGAAGAGAAACAGAGGCUGAACUGGGGACGGUGUCCUUUGUUUACUUGGAGGCCAUUGCAAGCCCGGGUACAGGAUGUGCCAUCUGUGGCUGGGCUGCUCCCUUUCCCCUGCAUUGUUUCUCUCAGGAAGCCAUGAGUUCAGGCCAGUUCUGGAAAGUCCCAGUCUUCGGGCUGGACCUAGCCAGGCCAGUGUCCUGGGCUCUGCUGGAGAUGCCCACCCAUUAAGCUCCAAUCUCAUGACCAUGUCGAUUUGAUGUGACCAGACCUCAGCUCACCCAUGGUACCCCGAGGGCUGUCCUACCACUGGAGCCCUCAUGCCAGGUGAGGCAAGAUAGCCACGUCACUCUUGGGGACCCUGUUCCUCCAUGCCCAGCUGACAGCUGAGUUUUGUGGAUUUAACUGGCAUGGAAGGUCAUGGUCAGUUCUCUAGCUCACCAGCUACCCAGCCGAACACAUCCUGAGAAAGAGGGCCACAGAGCUACCAAUAUGUCCCUGAAUAGUGGCUUUGGCUGGACAGCAGUCACUUUCCCGUGCUGUGGGGGUGUGUGUGUAGACUGCUGGCCACCCAGAGCAGGCACAGUUAAGGCACAGACCCCUUUAAAUGGUCCUGUUCACUGCAAACUCCCCGGGUUCAAACCAUCCUCUGCUUUGUGCCGUUGUGGCUAGGGGAAGCUGCCCAAGGGGCACGUGAGUGGUCAUAAGUGGCUGUUGGUUCUCCUGGAGCCCACAGCAUCCUGGUGAAGCAGUGGUCAGGCUGAGUCACCAUGGAGCUAUCUGGGUUCCAGCCCAGCUGGGCUCUGUGAAGUCCCCUCACUCCCCAGUGCCAAGCAAGGACCUUUACCCUGACUUAUGUGAAUGUAAAAUCCCAUCCGUGCCUAAAAAAUGUUUUAGUGGCUGGUCCCUCCUCACAGAGGGACCCUCUGCCCAGGACAAGCUGGCUGCAGGGUGGGUGACCAGAAACAGGUCAGCUUUAGCUCAACCUCCAGCCGGGUGCCCCUGAUCUCUAUGCUGGAUGUUGUGCUAUGACAUGGUGAAAACAGAGUGUGCAGACCUCCACCUGCCCAGUGUGCUGGCCUCUGGCUCCUGUUGUCCAUGCUCUGGCCACUGGUGAGAACUGAGAUCAUUCUCAGGACGAAGCUGCAGCUUCUGGCUUGGGGAUUAUGGGCUCGGCAUGAGGCUUGGUAAGCGGACUCUAAAGGCAACUUAGAGGCCUGAUGCAUCUCUGCCGACUCAGCAAAGAGAAUGGCCUGUGAACAGAUUGUUAAUAAAGCUGGGGUAACUCCCUCCAGCCUUGCUGGCCAGUUGUGUUAUGGUUCCUCAUUCUCAAACCGUAUUCAGUGGGCAUCAACUGUGUGCAGGAACUGUGUCCCUCAAGCAGGGAAUCAGGAAGGAAGAGGCCUAGGAAGGCAGAGAAAAGCAUGACAGCCCUCCUGGUCAAGAAGCACCAUGUUGCCAGGUGUGGUGGUGCACAUCUGUAAUCCCAGUGACUCAGGAAGCUAAGGCAGGAGGAUCGCAAGUUCAAAGCCAGACUCAGCCAAUUAGUGAAGUCCUGAGGUCCCAAGCAACUUAGCAAGACUCUGUCUUAAAAUAAAACAUAAAAAGGGCUAGGGGUGUGGCUCAGUAGGUAAAUGCCCCUGGGUUCAAUCCCUGGUACAAAAAAACAAAAAAAGUGCCUCAUCAUGGUGGCAGUCACAGUUGGUGUGCAUAUCAGCUGCUGGGAGAAGAAGGAUGAGGGUACAAACCAUACCGCACAAGCAGGGCGGGCGUGGUGAGGGGCCUGGCAGCUGCAGCUGUGGCCAAAGAGGGACUAGGCCUGUGCAGACAGCUGGCACUGCCAUGGAGCUGCUGUCUGCAGUGCCUGUUCCUGGCGUGGCGGAGGACACAGAGACGGAAGCUCCACCGUUACAGCUGGUCCUGCCAGGAGCCAUGCAGAGCCCUUGUCUCAGUCCUGUUCUUCAGGCCUCCUGCCCAGAGACAAGUAAAAGAGGCACCUUGUCCUCCAUGCACCCUCUCUGCCCCCGUUCUUCCCUCUUUGCUGCCUGCAGCAGGUAUGGUUUGUUGUAGCAGCCUGAGCCCAGCUUUUGGUCCCUGCACCAGUGUCCAAGGGCUGCCAUAACAGAGUGGCUGUAAACAACAGAAAUGUUCUUUCACAGUGUGGAGUUUAGACCUCUCAGAUCAAGGUGUUCUCAGGGCCACGGUCUCCAGAGUGUCUUUCUGGCUUCUGGUGGCUGCUGGCAACCCUUGCAUUCCUUGGCUUAUAGCUACAUCACUCCAGUCUCUACCUCCAUCUUUGUGUGACAGACUCCCUGUGUGUCUCUGUCUUCACACAGGGCUCUCCAUGGCCUCUGUGUCCAAAUUCCCCUCAUUGGAUCAGGACCCGUCCUAAUCCAGAGCUUACUACCGUAUUCACAUCUGAGAGACCUGUUUCCGUACAAGACCUUCACAGGUUCCAGGUGGACAUGAAUUUGAAGAGACCAUCUUCAACCUGAGUUGCCAGUCACUCAGGUUGAAGAGUGUCUCCUCAAAUUCAUGUCCGCCUCCUGCCCUGAGUGGUGGACAUUCACCUCCUGCCCUGAGUGCUUGGCAUUAAGGCAAGGGAGGCAGCUGCCCCUUCUACCCUGCAAAGCCAUGGCCUCCAUGCUGGUCCCUGUAGGAAGCCCCUUGUCCUGGCCCUGUUCUUCAGACCUCCCGCCCCCUGGGGCAUCAGUGACUCACUUGGGGCUGUCAUGCUAACAGUGGGCAGCAGUGUUCCUCCCUUUCUGGAGGGCAGCACAGCUCAGGGAGGGUCUUCCCUGGCAGGUAGCAUCUGCCACCCAGAGACUUGGUCUCACGUGGCCUGAUGGCUGUUCCAGGCAGCUGCCUCCUGGGGCUUCCCCUCUGCAUCUCCUCAUCUCUCACCGCCCUCCAAGGAGAUCAGAGAAGUUUCUUGAGGCAGGAACCCAGAGCUUCCAGAGCCUGAGGGCCUCAGACAACUCCUAUGCCCCGCAUGCUCAGCUGGUUUCCUGCCUCUGGAGAGCAGACCCUUGACAUCUCCACUGUGCACUUCUGUUUUUCUUUUGCCUUAAUGGCACUUUGUGGACUUCCCCUGAAUUCUCUGGUCCCAGAGGGCAGUUUUGUAGGUCAGAAAGUGGACAGUAGAUUCCUUGUCCACCUGUUUCUCAGACAUCCAUGAGCAGAGUCUGAGUUUGAUGCACUGCCCCACCCCGCCCCAUGACAGCCGUGCUACACUCCCCAGGCUGGUUCUAGGACUCUCAUGAGGUCCCCUCUGAAUUUGAAUCUGGACCUCCCAGGCUGCAAAGCUCCUGAGUGUGGGAAUAGAAAACGCUGCAGCACCUUGGAAAGAAGUCGGGCAGUUUAUCAUAAAAGCCGGAUAUAAAUUUAUCAUACAACCCAGCAACUCCCCUCGUAGGCAUGUGCCCAGAAAGAAAGGGAAGUAUGUGCCCACACGAGGCUUGUACAGAGAUGUUCACACGGCAGCAUUACCUACCACGCCCCAAAGUGGAAAUAAUGGAAAAGGUCCGUCAGCUGGGGAAUGGGGACACCAUGCAGUCUGUCCAUACAGCGUAAUGUCAUUUGGCCAUUAAAAAGGACUGAAGAGGUGACACCUCCUACAGCGUGAAUGAGCAGCAAAGCAUCAUGCUAAAUAAAUAAGCCGGACUCGGAGACCACUUAUUGUUUCCACGUCCACGAAUGUCCAUGGCAAAUCUCAAGGCAGAACAUAGAUUAGUGGAUGCCUCAGACUGAGGGUCAGGACCAACAGUGAUUGCAGAUGGCCACAGAGGAUCUUUCCUGGAGCGAUGGAAAUGUUCUCAAAUUGGAUAGUUGUGAGAGUUAAACAAUUCUGUAAGUUUACUGACAUGAUUUAAUUGUACACUUAAAAAAGUUAAUCUUACGGUAUAUAAAUUAUACCUCAAUAAAACCAUUAGAAAAAAAAUAGUGACUGGAAAAGAAACAACCAAACAAAUUCAUGGGCAGUAGAAUGCAGUGGCUAAAAGUGUGAGUCAACUCUUGUCUCUCUGGCCUCCUAGCAGUGUGACCCUGGGCCAGUUCCUUAACCUCUCUGUGCCUUGGUAUUCCUGUAAAAUGGGAAUGAUGAUUGUAUUUGCCUAUUAGGCAAGCCAAUAUUUGGAAAGUUCUUUGAUCAGUACCUGGUGCAUUGUGUACAUUACAUGUGAAUAAUUAAAAUAAUGUUUACUUGUCA